AGCCAUUUGUUGUCCCCUCAAGGUUUUGUUUACGCCCCUCCCUCCUCCACCCAUUUCAGGAACGAAAAGCGAUAAAAGUUAUAAUACUGUGUGUGCGCGAGAGAGAGUGUGUGUGGUAUAUGGAAUGGAGGCGAACAACGUCAUCGCGCCGUUCGUUUUGAAGACUUAUCAGAUGGUUGACGACCCGGCGACAGACAGCCUGAUCAUUUGGGGGAGUGCCAACAACAGCUUCAUCGUGAAUGACCCCUUAGACUUCUCGCGGGGAAUCUUACCUGCGUACUUCAAGCACAACAACUUCUCCAGCUUUGUUCGUCAGCUCAACACCUAUGGAUUCAGAAAGGUGGAUCCUGAUAGAUGGGAAUUCGCGAACGAGUGGUUUCUUCGUGGCCAGAAACAGUUGUUGAGGAACAUCGUGCGGAAAAAGCACAAUCGGAAUUCGUGUGGGCAAGGGAAAUACGAGGACCUUGACGAGGAAGAGAUGGUUAUGGAGAUAGCAAGGUUGAAGCAAGAUCAGCAGGGCUUGGAGGAAGAGCUACAGGGCAUGAACAAGCGCUUGGAGGCCACGGAGAGGCGCCCACAGCAAAUGAUGGCGUUCUUGUCCAGAGUCGUGGACGACCCAGGUAUCCUUCCGCGCAUGAUGCUCCAGAAAGAGGGCACGAGGCAGCUCGCGAGCGAGAAGAAGCGGCGGCUGAUGAUACCCUCGGCGUCGUUGUCUUCGUCGAUGAAGACUGAGGCCGAAGAGGAGGGAACCCUGAGGGUGAUUUCGUCUUCGCCGGAGACUGGAUUUGAAAUCGAUAACUUUCGUGAACAGUCGUCCCCGGAGACGCCGACGCCCGGGUGGGUGAGCCAAAGGCCGGUGAUGGGUCGGUCUCAGAUUUCCCAAGAGCCCUUUGGUUGCGCCGCCAUUGAUAGCCCGUCUCUGCCGGUGUCGUCGGACACUGCCGGGUUCGGAAAUGGUAUGGCGGUGUCGCCGCCGGAUAGUGCCUUUUUGGGGUAUGGGAAUAUUAGUGGUGGGAAAAUAAGCUAUUUCACAGAAAUGGCGGCGAGCUCACCCCUGCCUUAUCCAUUUUCUUUGUUAGGAGGUGGCUUUUAAGUCUUUUAACUUAGGGUAGUACUUGCUUCACAUGAUUUGUAUUGGAUUUUGUCUUUUGUAUUAAUUUUUUUUUUUUUUUCCUCCUUUUUUGGUUGUGGGUAUUUUAUGGUUUUUUUGUAAACAAAGUAGCGGAUUACAUUAUGUGUAUUAAUUUCUCAAAUAGGA